ACCUUGGAUGUGACUGUUUUGUUGUUCCCCUGGUUGAGGUACUGAAGUUUGCAUGAGUGAGGAAUUGAGGGGGGAAGGAUUGCUCCUGAGAAUCCUCGCUUGUCAUUCCAUGUUCAUGCCUGCGAACCAGAGGUUAGCCAAUGUAUGAUCUAGAGAUGACGAUCUUAGAUCGACCAAGGCAAUGCACCCUGGUGUCAUGGCGCCACGAUUGCGUUCUUGACCGAGUCAACGACCUUGCAACUGGCACGCAUUUAUCCUCUCAGGUUCCUUGCGUUCCUUCUGUCUUUCUAAUCUCUAGCCCUGUGUUCCCUGUCCCCUGCUGGCGAGCUUGUGUCAGAACUAGAUCUCGAUAUGGGAGGGCGGAGAGGAGAGAAAGGAGGGGUUGAUAGAGUGAGAUUCAGAAAGGGGGGAAAGGCUUGACCGGAAGAGAGAAGUAACUUACGAGCAGGAGGGGUGGUGAGAGAAUCUUGCUGGCACGAAUUCGGGUGAUUCGUUCGGUCAAAAACAUGGCGGUGUGUUACUUUGAACUGGAGCUGCAUGCUGAUCACAAGCAGAGACCCGGUCCUGGUAGGCUGGGAGCUGUAGGUGCCCCUCAUUUUUUUCUUCUUCUCAUUUCUUCCCUUUUCCUUUCCCAACCCAAGGCCGGUGAUGAUGAUGCCUAUGAUGCCCACGAUGGUGAUGAUGUUUGUUUGGUGGAAGGAAAAGAAGGGGGGGUGGGGGGCUCAUAGUUCCAUCGUCCCAUAGGAGGAGGGCGAGAGAAGACAGGAGGUAGUAGAGGGGGGUAGGCAGGGCUAAAGUGGGAUUGCUUUCCAUUCCUGGGCUUGCGUGUACUUUUUUCCCCCUCCUAUCGUGGCAUCCACUCGAGUUAGUUUAGAUAUCAUCGGGAGCUCUUCCCAGAAAGAAAAAGGGACUGGAGAUGCUCAGCCCAGAGGUUUGAAAGGGGAAGAAAGGUGGUGAAAAAGAACCAACUACCUGCUGCCAGACGAACUCCUCCCUCCCCCCGGAUGACCCUUUUCCCUGUUGAUUUCAAACCCUUUCUCCUCAGGAAGGUGGAAUAUACUAUCGUCACUGCUUAGCUUCUUUCUCGGUAUUAUUGUUUCAACCAUUACAUAUUACCUUCGCCUGCCUGUCUCUCCAGGAAUUGACAGUCUACUAGGGAGCCCGGCUAUACAGCCCUGCUUUUUUUUCUCGCCUCCCGAGACACCUUUGUGUGAGCUGUAUACCCUUGGAGCUAAUACAGCUGAGGCGACUCGUACUCCCCUAGGGAGAGCAUCGUUGUUCUGGCCUUUUUAUGGUUCCCCCUUCAACUUCUUGAUAUCUUCCCAUAUCCCAAUCCUUCUACGAAAAGGAAAAAUAAAGCUUCGAUCCCGAUCCCAGCACCGAGAAGAUGCCGUUUUCUCAUCACAGUCACUCGGGUCAGUUCUGUCUGCAUGCACAAGAUGAUCUUGAGCAAAUGAUACUGGCCGCUAUCGGCAAGGGCAUGAUUGUUUUCUCGCUGACGGAGCACAUGCCCCGAGAUUGCCUAGAGGAUCUCUACCCUGAAGAGGUGGGUUCUAUAUUUUUUCCCCUUUUCCAAUCCUGCCCGCUCUCCUUUUUUUUUUGGCGUGUGGAGAAAAAGGAAAGCCCCCCCAAAAAGAAUCACAAGAGCUUCUUUCAUUUGCAUCUAGCAUAAUUCCUUUUCAUAUGCCCCUCCAUCCUUAUCGUUAUUUCUCUCCAUUUCACUAGGGAAGGGUGCAUGGGCCUUUCCCCGAAUAAGACGUGGAGAUUCUUCAAGUGGUGUGCUGACCAGGAUUUUGGGCCUCCAAUGACAGACUGCUGCCCACCAGACACCCUUCGACCUUUACAAAACCUUUCAACAGUAUUACGACACCGCACUUCGACUACGUGCGAGAUACCAGCACUUGAUCCAUCUCCUCGUUGGGUUCGAGCUCGAUUACAUCCGCCCUUCAUCUAUUGCUCUCGUCAGGAAUCUCCAAGAAGUUUACAAAUUCGACUUCUUCGUUGGAUCUGUUCAUCAUGUCAAUACCAUUCCAAUUGACUUUGAUAGGCCGAUGUACCUAAGAGCUCUUGAGAGCGUAGGUGGCGAAGAGAAUAGGCUAUUUGAGGCAUACUUUGAUGCUCAGUAUGAAAUGCUUACACAGCUCAAACCCGCUGUUGUGGGUCACUGGGACCUUAUAAGGCUGUUUAGCGAGAACCCGGCUAAGCCUUUGGUUGAGUAUGGUUCUGGUGUGUGGGACAGAGUUGUUAGGAAUGUCGAUUUUGUUCUUAGCUACAGUGGUCUUACGGAACUGAAUUCCGCCAGUUUUAGAAAAGGCUGGGAUGAACCGUAUCCCAGGAGGGAUUUGGCUGGGGUCAGUAUUAUUGCUUGAAUAUAAUGUUUGAGAUAUAUCUUCUGGGUUUUCUAAUACUUUUGUGAUGCAGUUGGUUAUGGCUCGUGGUGGCAGAUUCACCUUAUCCGACGAUAGCCACUGCGUCUCGGAUGUUGGCCUUAAUUACCACCGGCUCCUGAGCUACAUCCAGGAGAUAGGCCUUCAAGAGGUCCAUUACCUGGUGAAGCUCCCCAUGGGUGAGACGGCCGUCAACGUUCUUGAUGCUUGUGCCGUGCGAAGGAUGCCCAUAGGCGAGCUCACUCAACAGAGGUUCUGGGAACUUUGAGCUGUCUAUCCAACACUUUUUUUUUCACUUUUUUCCUAUACACAGGAGUUAUUAUUUUCUCCCUCCCAACUUAGGUAACCGUAUUUUUUGCUACCUCCUAGACCGAUCUUCCCGCGUGUUUUUUGUGCUAGCGGGUUUAACCUCUAUAUUAUUACUAUUUUCACGUGUCAUCCUCUACAUCAUUCUCAAAAGGGAAAAUUGGGCCACCGGCGUUUUGUUUUUUGAACUUCCCCCCAACAGUGCCCACCGCAGUUCACCUUUUCAAAACUAGUUUUAUCCUGUAUGAAAAGACGCCUUUCUUUUUACUUUCUCUCCCCCCCCCCUCCCUUUUUUCCCCGUUCUAACUGUUAAUUCUUAAGUUGUAUCCACGUUUUAUCAUUCGAUUCUUUUCUUUCACUCACGCAUGUCCUCUGCCCCCUAAAUACCUGCUUUUUAUAGCUUAGAAUUAUAUUCACCAUUUCCCCCAUAGUGUGUUAUUAUAGUCCAUCUAAGAAGGCCCCAGCCGUCAAAUUUACCUUACGGAUAACAUUGCAGCCCUUGCGUCAGGCAGCUGGCCUACAUCCCGUACCAGCAGAUUAUUGGAGGCUCUGCCAAAAAGGGGCUCUGGGUGUAAGGCAAAUGCGGUCCUGGACCAACCGGAUGGCUAGGAUUUUGCACUGGAGGCGAAAUCGAGAAGACCCUAUAACUUUGGACAGGGUUGUACGGUACAGCGAUCGCUCAGUAAUAGUUUCACACAUUGUGCCUGCAGCAUGAUAGGAGGAAAAAAAUAUAUAGAGGGCAUCAUGGGGCUCUUAUAAUGCCCAAUGAAGCAUGGCUGAAAGGGAUGAAGAGGUUUCCUGGGUGUUUGAGAUACAGGGUCUGGCUGCGGGCACUUGAAAUCACUGCACAUAGGCAACUAAUUCUGCUUGCAUAA